AACGGUGGUAGGUUAAACUGUAGAACGUAUUUUAGUUCCUGUGUCAACGUAUAGAAAAGGAAAAACAAUAACCUACGAGAUCGGGCUAAGUUUUCAUCUGCGAUAGUUCGCCUUUUAUAAAAAAAUAAUAGAAAAUAUUCUUUAUAUCUGACAAAAGCCAUACAUUCAUCGUCCUUCUCGAAGAUGAACUCUAAUGUAGAGAAUUUGCCCCCUCACGUUCUGCGCCUGGUCUACAAAGAAGUUUCAGCUUUGGCCGCAGACCCGCCUGAGGGCAUCAAGAUCUAUCCCAGUGAGGAAGAUAUAACUGAACUUCACACGUCUAUCGAAGGACCAGAGGGAACACCAUUUGCCGGCGGCAUUUUCCGAAUGCGACUGGUCCUCGGGAAGGACUUCCCUGCUGUUCCACCCAAGGGGUAUUUCCUGACCAAGAUUUUUCACCCCAACGUGGGUCACAAAGGAGAGAUUUGUGUCAACGUGUUGAAGAGGGACUGGAAGGCAGAGCUCGGCCUCAGACAUGUCUUACUUACCAUCAAGUGUCUUCUCAUUCAUCCAAACCCUGAAUCGGCGCUAAAUGAAGAGGCUGGGCGCCUGCUUUUAGAGGACUAUGCUGAGUAUGAGUCCCGAGCCCGUCUUCUCACAGAAAUCCACGCAAUGGGUGGGCCAGGUGGAACCUCUGGGGCACCUCAGGACCCUAAUGAAGGCCCACAGCCAAAGAAGCACGCUGGUGACCCUUUGAAAAGAGCGGGGCCUAGCGUGGCAGCUGUACCAGCAGCUCUGGGCAAUGGCGCAAACGGAGCCAGUACCACCAGCAGCAAUAGCAACAGUAGUAGUAACAUCAGUAAUGUAGCAGGGAAAAAGAAAGCAGAUAAAAAGCGCGCACUGAGGCGACUUUAACACCUCAACAGAGUUUCUGUGUGUAUGAGUGCGAGCGUGAGUGUAAAUAUAAGUAUUGAAUCGUUCUGUUUUUUUCUGACUCUUUCUAGACUGUCCCUAUUUACCUCUGUUUUGCCUCCAGUACGUUUUAUCCUAUUGGCACUAGAGGUUUGUUAACUACUUCCAUACCUGAUGACGACACUAUGAAAAGCAUCUGAAUACAGAUUUGCAGCAGAAUCAUGCCAAUUAUCUGUAUUCUUCCUUUGAGCCAGUCUGACUGAACAUCACUUAAAUAUGGCAUUUAAUGUCUAUUAAUGACACAUAAUUCCUAUUGUUUUGGACUUUAUCAGGUAUUUUUAAAGUGUUUCUUGCUGCUGUGGUGGUACUGUGUACUGCACAGCUUGCCUUGUUCUUGAGUCUGAACUAGGACAAAGUUUUCAAAUUGUGCUCAAAGGAUUUUUAUGGAAAAUUUGCUAUAAAGUACCCAGUUUCACUAUCGGGAAAUAAAUGUUACUAUUGCGCAGAAGUAAAGUUUUGUAAACUGUAUUUUUCAUAUCAUGGUGGUAAUGGUAUGGAAGAAUUAACAUUGGAUUAUAGAAGGUCUGUUGUUUCUUCUUUUGUUUUUUUAAUAAAUACAUUUUCACUGUC